AGGACCGCUACAGCUGACCGACUGCUCAAGGAAACCGGCUCCCAGCAUCCAUAGCCGGCUCUGUCCAUACAUUCUCUCUGCCCCAGUAGAACGGGCCGAAGCCAGCUGUGUAAUUAGUUAAAGCUCCCGCAGCGCGAGAAAACCUCUGCAGAUAAAACCAACCGACCUAAAAUCUUAAAACUGUAAAUAUCCGAGAGGCGCUGGAAGAUUAAAAGCUGCUCAGGAAUGGAAACGCAGAUACAUGUGCCUGUCGGCUCGCCGGUUAUUAGAAAAAUACACGUUUUUGUGGACGAGCUAAACGUAACGGAGGGGGCUUUGGAGCUGAUUAAAGAACUGAGACCGACGUGGGACAUCAGCAGCGUGAAGACCAAGCUCUUCACUGAUGGAACCACCAACAAGCUGGUGGGCUGCUCUGUGGACGCCUGUCCGGAGGAUGUGGUCCUGGUCCGAGUGUACGGCAACAAAACAGAGCUGAUAGUGGACAGAGACAAUGAGCUGAAGAGCUUUCAGGUGCUCCACGCCAACGGUUGUGCUCCUCGCCUCUACUGCACUUUUCAAAAUGGCAUCUGCUAUGAAUUCAUGCAGGGUGAUGCUCUUGGGCCGCAGGAUGUCAGGGAUCCAACCCUAAUCUGGCUGAUAGCCAGAGAGAUGGCUCGUAUCCACGCCAUCCACGCCCACAACGGCUGCAUCCCCAAACCCAACCUGUGGAUCAAGAUGAGGAAGUACUUCUCCCUGGUGGCCACAGAGUUCACUGAGCAGGCGUCCAACAUCAGAAUUCAGCAAGAGGUUCCCAGUAAGGCAGUGCUGGAGCAGGAGAUGCUUUGGAUGAAGGAGCAUCUCUCCACACUGGGAUCCCCCGUGGUGCUCUGUCACAAUGACCUGCUCUGCAAGAACAUCAUUCACAACAGCAAAGAAGGUCACGUUCGGUUUAUAGACUAUGAAUACUCCAGCUACAACUACCAGGCCUUUGACAUCGGAAACCACUUCAAUGAGUUUGCAGGGAUGGCUGAGCUGGACUACGGACUGUAUCCCAGCCAGGAGAUGCAGAUGGACUGGCUGAAGGAGUACCUGCAGGCAUUCAAACUAUUUACCAACAAAAGUGACAAGGUCACUCCACGGGAACUCCAGACCCUUUACGUACAAGUCAACAAGUUUGCUCUGGCUUCUCAUUUCUUCUGGGGCUUUUGGGCACUCAUCCAGGCCAAAUACUCAUCCAUUGACUUUGACUUCCUCGGGUAUGCUGUUCUACGUUUCAACCAGUACUUCAGGACCAAACCUACAGUGAUGGCCUUGCAGAUCUCAGAAUGAUAAGAGGUCAGGAGGUGAAACCGGGACUUCCUGUAGCAUGGUGGCUGCUGUUCUUUAUCUUACUCUUUCAUUCCUCCACCUUUACCUGGACAUGGGCUGGGACUCGGACCUGAUGAUUCCUGGGCAUAAGGAAGCACUGCCUAACCAUCUCUACUUUGGUACUGGAGGUCUGAAGGAGGUUUUGUGUUUGUUGUGUGAUGAAGAGUUGGUCCAAAUCUCCACAUGUAGCCCUGAUCUCCCUUCUGUUCCUCUCUGCUGCUAAAUGCUUGUAGCUGCUCUAUUUCUGCACAGAGAAGCAGAUUCCUGUGGACGCCAAUGUUCGUGUGUGUGUGUGUGUGUGUGUGUGUGUGUGUGUGUGUGUGUGCGUUACUGAUUUUUCAUCUUGCCUUUUCGUGCCCCCUCUCACACACCUGAAACUCCCCCCACCCCAGAUACGGAGCCCCCCAUCCGACUGUGAGGCCCACUCCUCUCAGUUGGUUCCAGUCUUAGUGGAGGACAUCUUAAAUCUGAUUGUCUAAAAGAAAUGGUGAAGAUGUUGACCGGAGUUGUUGAAUUGGUGAUUUUUUCCUCUUCCUGUGACAUCACAUCCUGUUUCCCAUGAUAAGGUGGGAAGCUAGUUUCCAGCUGUUUUAACUUCUCUGCCCUGUCAGACAGAUCAGAUGCAGACCACCAUGUAGCCACUAGGGGGAGACGGUGAGCUCUGCCCUGGUGUCAUGUAGCAGAGUGGACCUAAUAUGCUGAGGGACGCGCCAUUUGGAAUCAUAGGAUGUCCAAGGAAGAUCCCGGCUUUCUCUCCUACAGUUGGCUAUUUGAUGAAACAGCAAACCUCCUGCAGGGCUGCAGCCAGGUCUUCAGGAGAAACAAAGUGAACUUACUGCUAUAAAACCCAUUCUGUCCUGUUUUACAACAAAUGAGUUUCUGCGUCUUUCACAGAACAACCUGAAAGCGUCAGAUGUGUACUUGUAAGUAAUCUUGUUGCAUUUAUCACACUGUUAGACUGACUUUAUAUCUGUUGGCUCUCAGCGUUGGCUUUAUCUUAUGUCUCCACUUUAAUAGGUUAAGGCUGUUAGCAAGUUAGAACAUCAUCAUCUGAUUACAUGUGCAUCAUUUAAAACCCCUUAGCAUUCCAGCGUCCCGCCCAUGGGACAAAACACCGCUGUGUUCAUUAAACCUGGAAAUUUACAGGGUUAAUCAAAAUUUCAUUCAAAGCUGAUUAUGAUUUAGACCCAUUUUUCAUUCUUCUAGAGGAGAAACAGACCUGCUGCACACAGCUGGGCAGAAAAGGACUGUUGUUAUAUUUCACACAGAGGUAAGGCACGCCUAUGUUUAUCCUAUCUACUCUGCUGUACCUCAGUGCUGAGAGCCAACAGAUAUAAUAAAUCUUAUUGCAUUGAUCAGAGUGCUGGACUUAAUUUUAAGUCCACAUUUGAUGUUUUUUAGUCUUUUUUCUUUAAAAGAAACAGAACAGAAUGGUUAUUAUAGCACUAAGUUCACCUUUUCUGUACAGACCUCCCCAAAACUCAAGACUUAACUUUAUUAGUCCCCGAAGGGCA